CGACACUACACCACACCCCAGACACAGCACAGCACAGCUCCACGCGACUCGACAACACCGACGGACAGUCCGUUCUACCAUCGCACUCGCCAUUGAUGAGGAGCAGGCCCGGCGCAAUUGGAAGGAGUCGCGCGAACUUUCAUGACGGCGCGCUGCACCGUGGGUGGGAGGCCAGGCCAAAGGGAUUCCGCCAUGCGACCAUGAAUGGCUCUUGAUCAAGAGACAAUAGCUCACUAUAAUACCCAACAACACUCGACAUUCACUCCAGCACUAUAACACAAAGAGUGCGCAUCGAGGGAUAUCUGCUUCUGAUGUACGAGCCCUCUCUUCCCUUGCCCUUCCAACUUCUCCAAACUUCAACCCUCCCCCAAAGAAUCUCCAGACCCACAACCUCGGAUCUCCUACCAGCUUUUGACGAGCAGCAGAGUCUAGCAUGGAGACCAAGCAGGCCAGGCCGGGCGCUGUGGCAGCACAGAAAGGCUUGGGACUGGUCGACAAGCAGAUCGCCGCGCUGAAGAACCGCUUCCUGCCCUCUGAACCCCACCUCCUCAAUGUCUCGACCGACGACCCCUUUUAUAACCACUACUACCACGAGUACGAGAGGCUGCCCUUCGACCCCAACGAGGUCAAGCAGCUGCAGUACAUGACCAUGAUCUCGGACGGCGAUCGCGGCGUCGCAGCUGCGCGCGGGGACUGGCACGACGAGAUAUACAACCAGGUCGCAUCACCAGGAAGCGCAGAUGCGCGCAGCAGCACCACGACCCCGAACCCUGCGAAGGAUCUGAAGAAGGCGGCUGUCAAAAUGUCGUUCUCUGAUUAUAAGAAUUUGAAGGAGAAGGGGAUCAGGCCUUCGCCGAAACCGGUUGCUGUGGAUGCGGAGCGCAAGCCGGGACACUCACGGAAUACAAGUGCGGUUACUGCGGGCACUCCGAUGAGUAGGAUGUCUUCUUUGGAGGGCCCGGUCAAGCAGAAUGGUGUGCGUGCAGCGGUCAGCUCUAUCUCUGCGGAGAAGAGGCUAAGCAAGGAGACGGAGAAACCUACUGCAGCUCGGAGUUCUACUGCACUACAAGAAAAGCCGCGCCCAACUACGAAUGGUCAUGUUGAGCCAACAAAGAAUCCUCUUCAAGUCAAAGUUGCCAAUAAGCCUCAUCAGAAGCCGCAAUCACAACCGAAUAAUGUCCGAAUUCAUGGCCUGCCUCCUCGACCUCCGUCUCCUGCACGCAAGAACCCGGAUCUCAAGCAACAACCCGAACAUAAGCAACAAAAGAGACCGCUCGGGUCAGGUGACGCUUCACAACCGGAGAAGCGUACCAAGAUCGAGCAGUCAAGAAUACCUUCAAGUUCAUCGAAUUCCCUUCCUCGAAAGCCUGAGACUCCGACUGGAAAGCUGGGACUCAACCUUCAUAAUAAGCCACAACAUCAAUCACCUCAACCGAAGAAGGAAACUCCUAACAAACCAAAUCCCAUUUCUAAGCCAUCAUCCGAGAAGCCCCUGGAUCUUCCACCUCUCUUAUCACCUCUUCCGGCAGAUCUAGAUAGCAGCCCUGCUCUGAAGUCACAACCAACAUCAGGCUUCUCGAAGAAACUCGAAUCUGGCAAGAAUUCUUCGCAAAGUACACCCUCCAAAUUCAAGGUCGGCCCAGAUACUAUUGUGGUUAAGAAGCCUUCACAGCCCGAAUCCUCUCCACUCUCACCACCACCAAAAUCACCACUCGCUCCUCUACCUGCCCUUUUGUCUCCAACACUACCACAGAUUAUAGAGGACGAGUUGGUACGCUUACAGCAGAAGUCGGCCGAAAAGGCUGAGAAACAUGCUGCUCUGAGCACCCCCGAAGUCCGUUACGAAAAGUCUCGACAACCGGAUACUCCAGGCGUUGCUCGGAAGACGGUCACCCCUAAGGUUGGACAUCCGCCAAAGAAGAACCAUGGAGAAUCCAGCAAGUCCAAGGACAGACCAGAGAGAUUAAUUGUGAGGCUGAAGUACAAGAAACGGAAAGGAGAAGACAUCCGACGCAUUCUUGGUCUCAAGCCUCGCCCCGAUAGAAUAUUCCUGCAACUCGAAAAAGAGCGCCUCAGAUCGACGUCCAAAGCCCGGGAUACCGAAGAUGAAGACGAUGUUCCCCUUUCCAAGAUCACAAAACCCGCAGCAGCACCCGCAGUACCGAAGAAACGCUCCAACGAUUCCUUCGACUCCCGUACCUCCGAACCAGCACCUAAGCGUCAAAACAAAGGCCCCGACCCAAUCGAUGUCUCUAAAUCCCACCGUUCCCUCGACCCACCCUUCAAAUCCCCCGCUCUUACCGCCCCAUCUCAAAAAUCCAUCCUCUCAACACCCAAGAAAGGAGAGACCAUGAAAUCCGCAUCCAUCGCGAUGCGCCGUGUCGAUUCCAACGACGGCCUUUCUCGGACCCCGCAAACUUCCACCAGCACCCCUGCCUCGGCGGAAAAACCACGUAUCAAUGGCUCCGUACCCCCGAACCCAGAACACGAUCCUCUUCGUGCGGAUGAGAAGCGCUUUGCUGAGUCCGCACUCAAGCUGAAGAGGAAAAUGGACGAGUACCUAAAAACCAAGGGUGGAAACAGGGAAGCGAUUACCGAGCGCGAGAAGAAACUCGGAGUUUGCGUCGGCCUGGAGUGUUUAGUAACGUACAUGAACUGCUGGGCCAUGCAAGAGAAAGUAGCCAGGAGGCAGGGCACGAAUGAUAAAGUGUGGAUCGAUGGCGUUAGACUCUGGGAGUUUGUUGAGCGCGAAGCACGAGUGUAUCCCGUGUUGAGCGUGUUGAGCGCGAAUAUCGGCGGAUUGAUGAGGGAGGAGUGCGCGCGGAUCUUCGCGCGGAUGGUGGAGGAGAGGCGGCAUGCGGACGGGGAUAAGGAGAAGGAUGGGGAGGAGGCGGUCAAGGGAUUGGUGAUCAACCAGCGGGGCCGCGAGAAGUGUUGGAGUAACGUUGGGAGGGGACGUGGGGCCUUGCAGGAGCUGGGGGCGAGGGAGGUUCUCGGCCCUUGGUCUACGGCUGGUGAGGCGUUGACAUAUGUCUGUGAUGUGUUGGAGAAAUAUAGCAGGAGGGAGAAAAUAGGAUGGAAGAGAGACUUGGCUUGAUUUGGCAUGGGAUUUGAAUGGAAGGGGCUGAAAAUGGAUGGAUGGGUAUAUGAAAGAAAGGAUGAAAUGAAAUGGGGGUGAAUGUCUCGGCGUUUUGGGGGUGCACGAUACCCGCUCUUAUUUGAGCCCUUAUGAUUUGCAUGGCUGUCUUCCUUUUUUUCUUUCGUUUUCUCAGAAUAGGGGGAUUGUAACAAUAGAUAUGAGAACCGAGAUGGACAGGACAGGACAGGAAAGUACGGAGAUCGGCAAUAGAUAGAGAGAGGGGAACGAAACGAACACCUCGAAUAAGCUCAGCUUAAAUAAAGGAAUCGGUUGUACUAUGCAACCAUCUUUCAGAUGAAGAUUGGAAGUUGUAAUGUAACUCAAAACCAG